CACGCUGAGAGGAGUAUGCUCAUGGUUUGCUUGGGGGGAGAUAGGGGAACGUUGUAGAGGCACUGCCAAGAAGGUGAGCUCAACCUCAAACCACAUUCACCACCUCUAUAAUAUCCAAUAUGGCUGAAGGAAUGCCUUCAUGGACCUCCGACAGGUUUGUUGAUAAAAUGUACAUUUCAAAGAGAAGUAUCAGGAAAAACGUAAUGAACAAAAUGCAUUACGUUUCCCACAUGCCCUCAGAGAAUGUAACAGUCAGCACUGCUCACAAAGUGGAAAGUGACUCUAACCCAUCUGAUAAUGACGAUACCGACUCCCUCUCAGGUAGUAGCUUCACCGGGAUGAUUUAUUUAAACCCACAAACACCUACCUGGACUCUAGCUGAGAAGUUUACUGAACUCAACUCUGGAGAAGACACGAUACUUUCUACCUAUCAGGACCUCUGUGGUCCUCCAGGUUCACCCACGGCCAUUGAACAUAAUAUUCCCAAUAGGAGAGGCUCUACUGGCGUGUAUGGGGUCUACUCAGACUCGUCACAACAAGAGGAAGGCACCAUCAAGAAGGUUUCUAAAAGGAGACUGCAGAGGAAAGUGUCUAGCGGGAAUCCUUCCGAUCUGAAGCUGCGUCUGGUGAGAGAGAUCAGGCCCAAACCCAACGAGGCUCUGUCUGAUGUGCAUUGUGAUGUGUGUGAGAUGUUUGAUGUGUGUGGGAAAAAUGGAUAUGAGAAGAGUGGAGUAUCACUAGUAAUUCCCACUCCAUUAAACAAGGAUGUGGCCAUGAUUGAUGCCUGUGAGAAGAAUAAGGUGCCUAUAGUGUUUACUGCCAUGAAGAAACGUGGAGUAGAGGGAGACACAGAGAACCGGCCCUAUAAGUGCACUCACUGCAACUGGGCCUUCAAGAAGUCCAGCAAUCUGCAGAGUCAUCUGGAUACUCAUAGUGGCCUGAAGGCUCAUGUGUGUGACCUAUGCGGCAAGGCCUAUUCCCACCAGGGCACACUGCAGCAGCACAAGCGCCUGCACACCGGAGAGAGACCGUACCACUGCCCCUUCUGUGACAAGACUUACAUCUGGUCCUCCGAUUACCGCAAGCACAUCCGCACGCACACCGGAGAGAAGCCAUACGUGUGCGAGACCUGUGGUAAGGACUUUGUGCGCUCCUCGGACCUGCGGAAGCACGAGCGUAACAUGCAUACCAACAACAAACCCUUUCCAUGUACGCAGUGUGGCAAGACCUUCAACAAGCCGCUGUCCCUGCUCCGCCAUGAGCGGACCCAUCUAGGCGAGCGGCCCUUCUGCUGUUCCGUUUGCGGGAAAGCCUUUGCCGUGGCCAGCCGCAUGGCAGAGCACCAGAUGGUGCACACCGGGGUGAGACCCUACACGUGCCUGGUCUGUUCCAAAUCCUUCACCAAGUCCUCCAACCUGCUGGAGCAUCAGGCCGUGCACAGCGGCAUCCGCCCCCACAAAUGCUCCCAGUGCAGGGUGGCGUUCGCCAUGGUGUCUCGCUUGGUCCGUCACCAGUGCGUCCAUACCGGAGAGAGGCCCUUCAACUGCACAGGCUGCAGCAUGUCCUUCAGCCGCACAGCUGCUCUGAAGCGCCACCAGGAGCAAACGUGUGCCGGGAGGAUCUUUGUAUGUGUGAAGUGUGACAAGGCUUUUCAGUGUGCCUCUCAGCUCACUGAGCACAUGCUGAGCCAUGACUCUACUGUUGCUGCUUCUGCUGUCGGAAACACAGACGACUGAUUGAUGCUAUUGAUGUUUGGGAGAUACCCUCUCAUAUAGUACACACUGUUGGUUUAGUCAACCUUAUUGAUUUUUACAUGCUAGGGCAACAUCCUGCUAGUCUGCUAACCUUUAAGGAUCUUCUGACAAUGUUCUAAAAUGCAUUCAAAAAAAUAUUAUAUUUAAUUGUUCUAAUGUGAAGCCUGAGUUUGGCUGGGAAAAAAAGUACAAUUGUUUAGGCAGAUGUAUGACGCUCAGAAAUUAUAUGUAGCAAAUUUAGAUUUUUUUUGUUGAUGUUUUUGCAUGUACAUUGAUUAAUGAAUCUUAUGCUAGUAAAAUACACAGUUGAAGUCGGAAGUUUACAUACACCUUAGCCAAAUACAUUUCAACUCAGUUUUUCACAAUUCCUGACAUUUAAUCCUGUCUAAGGUCAGUUAGGAUCACCACUUUAUUUUAAGAAUGUGAAAUAUCAGAAUAAUAGUAGAGAGUGAUUUACUUCAACUUUUAUUUAUUUAAUCACAUUCCCAGUUGGUCAGAUGUUUACAUACACUCAAUUAAUAUUUGGAAGAUUGCCUUUAAAUUGUUUAACUUGUGUCAAACAUUUCGGGUAGCCUUCCACAAGCUUCCCACAAUAAGUUGGGUGAAUUUUGGCCCAUUCCUCCUGACAGAGCUGGUGUAACUGAGUCGGGUUUGUAGGCCUCCUUGCUCAUACACGCUUUUUCAGUUCUGCACACACAGUUUCUAUAGGAUUGAGGUCAGGGCUUUGUGAUGGCCACUCCAAUACCUUGACUUUGUUGUCCUUAAGCCAUUUUGCCACAACUUUGGAAGUUGUGCAUUUGGAAGACCCAUUUGCGACCAAGCUUCCUGAAUGAUGUCUUGAGCUGUUGCUUCAAUAAAUCAACAUAAUUUUCAUUCUUCAUGAUGCCAACAUGAUGCGGCCACCCCGUGCUUCACGGUUUGGAUGGUGUUCUUUGGCUUGCAAGCCUCCCCUUUUUUCCUCCAAACAUAACAAUGGUGAUUAUAGCCAAACAGUUCUAUUUUUGUUUCAUCAGACCAGAGGACAUUUCUCCAAAAAGUUCCAUCUUUCUCCCCAUGUACAGUUGCAAACUGUAGUCUGGCUUUUUUAUGGCGGUUUUGGAGCAGUGGCUUCUUUUGUACCUAUCUCCUCCUGCAUCUUCACAAGGUCCUUUGCUGUUGUUCUGGGAUUGAUUUGCACUUUUCCCGCCAAAGUACGUUAAUCUCUUGGAGACAGAACGCGUCGCCUUCCUGAGCGGUAUGAUGGCUGCGUGGUAUCAAUGGUGUUUAUACUUGCGUACUAUUUUUUGUACAGAUGAACGUGGUACCUUCAGGCGUUUGGAAAUUGCUCCCAAUGAUGAACCAGACUUGUGGAGGUCUCCAAAAAUGUUUCUGAGGUCUCGGCUGAUUUCAUUUGAUUUUCUCAUGAUGUCAAGUAAAGAGGCACUGAGUUUGAAGGUAGGCUUUGAAAUACAUCCACAGGUACACCUCCAAAUGACUCAAAUAAUGUUAAUUAGCCUAUCAGAAGCUUCUAAAGCCAUGACAUCCCUUUCUGGAAUUUUCUAAGCUGUUUAAAGGCACAGUCAAUUUAGUGUAUGUAAACAUCUGACCCACUGGAAUUGUGAUACAGUAUAUUAUAAGUGAAAUAAUGUGUCUGUUAACAAUUGUUUGAAAAAUUACUUGUGUCAUGCACAAUGUAGAUGUCCUAACCGACUUGCCAAAACUAUAGUUUGUUAACAAGAAAUUUGUGGAGUGUAAAUAACAUACAUAUUUCAAAACUAUUCCAAUCUGUUACAUGGACUUAUUGUACCUGUUACUGAAAUGGUUGUUCCAGUUUAGAUGUUUAAGGUAGUCUCAAAUCAUAGUCUUACCUAGCAGUCAUUCAUAAUGCAGGCUGCGGGUGGAUACAAAUGCAAAAUGUUGGAUAUGCCCAAUCUGGCUGGAUUCCAAUAGCAAUUACACAUCACUUUGCAAGCCAGUAUAAUGUGACUUGGUGUAGCCUGUAAACAAUGAGAUUUAGGCCACGGAAAUACAUAUUAUCUUAAAGAAUAUAACUUUAAUGACUACAUGUUCACUUACAAACUUACUUGGUGAAGGCUACAGGAUUGAAAACAAAUGAAUGCAACAACCAUGUCUCUGUCACUAGCAAACAAAGUCAUGGGUGGUACUGGUAACUACAAUUGACUCAGAAGGCCCCCUGGGAAUUAUGCAAAUAAGGCUUAAAACCCUACAGCAGGGCCGAAACAUUUCUGGUUUUGGAAUUUUGUAUGGUUCUUCAAAGAACCAUCUCCUUUAUGAAUCUUCAGAGACUCUAAAAUCGUUCCCCUAUGGCAUCGCUAUCAAGAACCUUAUUUGGUUCAAAUUUAUGCCUUUAUUUUUGAGUGUAGGUACGCGAAGGGUAAUCUGUUGGGGAGUGACUAUACACAAGAGCGCCUCUGAGACGCACACCUACAGAUGUAGAAACUUAAUUUGAUCACCCUGUUGCAGUGCAGGAAAUGUAAAACUUGUAGAGUAUUUGAGGUUUAAAAAGGCUUCUGAAGUUUGUAAUUUCCACUUAGAAAAUGUCCAUAACCAAAGAUUUAUCGACCCCUACAAAAGUGUCAUAAUUCUAAUUCACAUUUCCUGUUACUGCAGGAUUAUUGUCCUGCUGUAGAAAACUAUCUGUGUACACCCCAAAUGGCACCCUAUUCCUUAUACAGCUUACUACGUUUGACCACAGCCCUAUGGUUCCUGGUCAAAAGUAAUGCACUAUAUAGGGAAUAGGGCGCCGUUUGGGAUGCACACAUAAUGUAUGAAGUGGAGAUCCCGGGGGUGCAGUUCUGAGGUUAGCUAAUCAUAUGGUAUCUUUGAAUCUUUGAAAGUACAGUAUUGAACAUUAUUUAUUGAAUUUGUGUUUGUUAUAAAAAAUUAAAUACAAAAUAUUAAAAAACUUUUACCUGUGUGUUUUGGUGUUCUUUUGAUGGACAGUUUGGACACCUAAAUUGCAAAGGGGAGAAUAACAUCAGAAUAACAUUAUUAUUAUAUACAAUUCUUGCCACCAACAGAAUGAUACAGUAUAUAUAUGUACAGUGCCUUGCGAAGGUAUUCGGCCCCCUUGAACUUUGCGACCUUUUGCCACAUUUCAGGCUUCAAACAUAAAGA